AUGGACAUACCGGCAACUGCAAUGGAGCCCUCCGUGUUUCGCGCUGCCGAUCUCGCCCCCACGACGCCCGGCGGAAAGGCCCCUUCGACCGGCCCCGCAUUUCCGCCCAAGGCCAAAUUUCGUGGCGGAAACACCAACCCGGCGGCGAAGAAUCACCAAGCUUCGCGAAGCUCGCCGAAAUUCGCGAAUCUGCAGCCACCAGCGUGCGGAUUUUCGGACGACUCUGGCGACGGACUGAAGCCAGAAGUCGACGACCCGCAAUGUCGCCAAGUUAAUAUCCUUCCGCCAAAUACUCCGCUCGCCACGAACGCCGCGGCGCUUAGCACACCCAAGAAAUGCGGCGGCAAAGGCGGCGGCAGAGGCCGCGGGAAGGGAAAAGGCGGAGAGAGUUUUUCGCAGUCAAGCGGAGCAAGCGGGGUCGAGAUUGCGGGGAAUGCGCACGCGCUCUUCACCCAGUCCCCCGCGAUUCAACCGCGCUGCUUCCCGCCAACGCUUAGCAUCCCGCCGCCCCCGCAGCUGUUUCCCCCCGGCUCCCCUUCCGCGGCUGGCGGAGCCCCGCACCUGCAGGCGCCCGGCACCCCCUGCGCGGGGAUGGUCCGCGCGCCUUCCCACCGCUUCCCCGCGUCGUCGACCGUCAACACCGCCGUCAGCGGGGGGAGCGGGUGGAGCGGCGGAGCGCAUCCCGCGGAGGCAAUGAAGAGGAAGCGCCCGCGGUUCGCGGAGGAUCAGCUAGCGCAUUUGGAGGCGCAUUUCGCGGUGGAGCAGGAGCUUACCCCGGCGAGCAAGAAGCAGCUGGCGGCGCGGCUCGGCGUGAAGCCUCGACAGGUGUGCGUGUGGUUCCAGAACCGCAAAGUGCGGCAGAGAACGCGGGAGCGCGAGACGGAGCUGGAGAGCAUGCAAGCGGCGUACGCCAAGCUUCAGGCGACGUGCCGCGAGCUGCAAGACGACUACGAGCUUCUGAAAUCGGACUACCAGGAGUUGUUGCUGCAGAACACACAGCUUUUUGACAUGAUGCAGGAAAUCGAGCAGCAGCUGGGGAACCCGCAGCUUCCGCCCGGCGAUCACCCCGUCACGUCGCGAUUCAAUGACACCACCACCCCAGACAACCAGCCUGGCGGCUCCGCGCAGUCGGACCGCGGUGGGCAUUUUACCCCAAGCCCACCUUCUGGUAACCAGCUCCACAUUCAGGCCAAGUCUCAUGCCAAUCAGGAGAAGCCCGCGUCGUACCAGAGCAACUCGCCUGAUUCGUCUUUGGACGAAAUCGGCGGCGCGCCGUUCGCGCUCCCCCCUCCCGCCUUCCCCAUGGGAGCUGCGCCAACCUCAGCCGUGUCACAGCCUGCCCCCCCUCCGCUCUUCGAGCCCCUCACAACUAUCGCCAACGCUGGUAGCCGCGUGGGGGAAUCUGAGCAUUUCGUCGUCCCCUCCAACCAGCAGCAGGGUCCCGAUCUUUAUGAUUUCUAUUCCCACGCUCCCGCUAGCGGCGCCGGCGGCGCCGGCUUUUUGGACGGCUGGAUGGACGGCGACGCGACGGCGAUGCAGCAGUCUGCCGGCUUACCGUACGGCCUGACGGCAAAGGCUCCGGCGGAGGCGGAGGCGGAAGAUGGGGAGAGCGAUUUUGAGGCUGCGAGGAGAAAUGUUAAGGCGGGAACAGCAGUGCAUGGCGGGAGGAAUGCGGCUGAGACGUUCGCUGCGUUUGCACCCAGCGGCGAGUUUGAGGAGAAUGGCUUAGUACCUCUUGACGGGUUCUGCUCGUGGAAAGAGGCGGUUGGUGCGGAAGAGGCGGAACGGCGAUGCGCGGGUGGGGAAUGCGCGGGCGCAACGGCGGAUAUGAGCGGAAGCAUGAGGGUGAACCAGGAGCCGUUCGAUCUUCUGGGAAGCAUGGAAGGCGCGAUGGGAGCGAUGGGGUGUGCCGAGGAUGGCGGCGCGGGCGCUGGUGUUGCUGCUGCGGACGACAUCGCUAGCAUGUGCGGGUUUGACAUGCAGGCUUUCGCGGCUUUCUGA